UCAGGCUUGCAAGGACGCUCUUCCUCCCACUGUGAUAAAUAUGCUGAUUUGCGCAAUUGGAUUUGCUUCUGCUCCUCAUUGGCUAAUUGAAUAAGGUAAUGUGAGCGCACUGCAUGGGAAAGCCGAGUGAUCAAUGCAGAACCCCUCAGCGCUGUUCGGGAUGGUGAGCCACUGUCAGACCCAAACUUUCUCAGACUUUCCCGGCCUUUCGCUCUCCGUGUACGGCAGCAAGGCGGACCUGUGUUCGUGGAGAGCCGGCAACGGUGGUUUCGGAUCGCAGAUUUGCCGGAGCCCAAAUGAAACGCCGACGCACAUGAACUGCGCCAGCCAGAAGAGAUUCAGCGCGUCCGAAGAAAAGGCGCAUCAUGCGGCCAAAGCUCCGCGAUCCUGCUUGUCUCUCCCCCCCGUGCAAGUGAAUGGUGCGUACUGCUCAGAGAAGGAUUUGGACACGGAGCUGGGUGACGCUGAGGGCACCCUGAUGCGAUGUGGGCAGAGCCUGCUGGUGGGGGGUCAUUUAGGGGGGCUUUAUACCCAGAGCCUCCACUGUGACAGACCUACACCCGACCUCAUUCUGCAGGACGGCCCUCACCAAGACACCAGAUCCUGCUCUGCCUUCCAGAGGACCCUGCCGGGGGCCUCGCCGGGAUCAGACUGCGGCACCGCCAACAGGGCCCGCUCCUGUCUCCCUUACUCAAUCAAACAAGAGAACUCAAUGGGCUACAAGAUCUCCAACACCGGGGUCCACAGCUCGUCUCAGGCCGGGUUUCAGAACUGUAGCGGAGGCCAAGUCUUGGGGAUGACGAGGGACGAGCUAGUUGGAGCGCCACAUGUUAACACCAGCGCUAGUGGCGUGUGCACAGUAGGUAGUGCUGUGUCCGAGAGCGCAGUGCAGCCGUUUAAUAAUGAAGAUGGCUCCUCCCCGUUGGCUUUGUCCCCGUCUGCCUCCCGUCAUUCAGCGCGGCUGCUCAGUGCUAGCAGUCUGAGGAGACGCUGCCUGUCCCUCGCCUCACAGUCCUCUGCCGCCGCGGCCGCUAGCGUCGCUGCCUCAUCGUCCCCAUCGACUCCCGAGGAGAUCAAUAUCACCGCCAUCAUCUGCUCCUCCUCCCAGAUGUCGAUGGUGGCUUGCGUCAACGGUUUCCGCUCAAACCUCUCGCCCAGCAGUGCCGGCUUCUCCUCCUCUUCUUCCUCCUCCUCCUCCUCAUCCCCACCCUCUAACUCCUGCUCCCGGGAAGCCCCCCCGAGGCCCCCACCUCACGGCAGCCCCCAGCAGCACACGCUACAGGAGAGCUGUCAGCUAUCAUCACCUGCCACCUGCCUGCUGUCCCUCUCCUCCUCCUCCUCCUCCUCCUCCUCAUCAUCCUCCUCUUCAGUGUCAUCAGUGGAGCAGGAGCAGGGGCAGAGCCAGGGGCCGUGUGAGGGGCGGGGCUCCAUGCUGCAGGGCCGUGGGGCUGGAGGAGCAGCCGGGGGAGGAGGAGGAGGAGGAGGAGGGGGAGGAUCGGACGGGUUGGGGCUACUGAUGAGUGGGGCCCUGAUGUCCGGGAUGCUGCAUUCAGGGCCUGAAGCUGCGACUCUCCUGGACGGGGGCCAAAGAUCAGGGGCGGUCCUCAAACAGGAGCCCCUGGAUGACUUUUCUCCCAGCGAAGACGAACUCUUUCAGCACCACUAUCAUCACCACCAUCACUUGAGUGGUCGCAGCGGGCAGCUACGUCAGCCUCACCACCCCUCUCGCCCCGCCAUGCCCCCGCCCUACCACCUGCACCAAUACCAGGGGCCCGGUCCUGGGGGUCCGCUGCACCACCAGAGCCAGCAGACAGCACCGCCCUCCUCCCUGGGACUCAAACCGACCUCUGGAGGCCCUCCGGGGUCUCACACGGAGCGGGAAGAAGUGGGAGGAGGCGCGCUGGUGGAUAAGCAGGUAUGUCGAUGGAUCGACUGCAGCGCCGCGUACGAGCAGCAGGAGGAGCUGGUGAGGCACAUCGAGAAGGUCCACAUCGACCAGCGCAAAGGAGAGGACUUCACCUGUUUCUGGGCCGGCUGCAUCCGCCGCUACAAGCCCUUCAACGCCCGCUACAAGCUGCUCAUUCACAUGAGGGUCCACUCCGGAGAGAAACCCAACAAGUGUAUGUUCGAGAGCUGUAACAAAGCGUUUUCACGUCUGGAGAACCUGAAGAUCCACCUGAGGAGCCACACAGGAGAGAAGCCGUACCUGUGCCAGCACCCCGGCUGCCAGAAAGCUUUCAGCAACUCCAGCGACCGCGCCAAGCAUCAGCGCACUCACCUGGACACGGUCAGAAACCCUCAAGUCUCCCAAUGUUUCACCAGAGUGCUUAACCUGGCUCUGCUGCAAAUAGUGUGGGUGGUCGCUUAA